GCUUCCAUGACUCUGUGGACCCUGAGAGUUAGUGCACGGGCCAAAAUCGUACCUGGAUCGGCAGUCAAAAGCGCUAAGCAUCUAUCGAGGCUUCAGCGCGUACCUGAUAGCAGCAUGGUUCCGCUCCAAUCGCGCUCAACAUUCGCUGCGUGCGCCUCGCUUGCUGUGGAGAUUUCCAAGGCGCAACUGACUCGCUCGGUCGGCUGAGGUACCCCCUCAUCGCGUUUAAGAGCCCCGGAAACCCUGCCUCCUCUGCCGCGAUGCCCACCUUGCGUGAACGGCCUAAUCGCGGCGAGACCUCGCCUGCCAAGAAGGCGUCUCAGAAUUCUCCGACCGCGACGCGAUCGACUCCCCGAAAACGACGGAGCAGCAUGGCCAACGACGCGAUCGAGGUGCGCGAAUCCAUCGAGGCAAAGGGCGACGUCGACGAGGAUGUUGAGAUGGAGGACGCCGAUAGCCCUGCCCACAGGGAGGAUGACGAGAUGGUCGUGAAUGGCAAUGGUGACCAGGAUGCAGACGCCGAUGCAGACGCCGACGGAGAGCCCGAUGACAUGGACGAACAAGCACGGCAGGAAGAGGAAUUGCGCAACCUGCUGCAGCUCAUCAGAGAUACGUCCGAGUAUCUGUGUCGCUACACAAUCAAGGUCGACGGGGAGGACCACGAGAUCGCCUCCGGGUUUCAACGACUCGUUAACAAGCGCAGCCUCCCCGACUACUUUGAAGUGAUCAAGGAGCCAAUGGCUUUCAGCACCAUCAGGGCGAAACUUGGCAAGAAGGCGUAUACCAAGUUUAGCGAAUUUGUUCACGAUGUCACUCGCAUAUGCCACAAUGCGCAGGUCUAUAAUCGGCCUUCGGCCCCUAUCUUCUCUGAUGCCGGGCGCCUCUUGCAGGUUUUCAAAGAGAAGCUUGCCGAAAUGAAAAAGCGUGGCAGACCGCCCAAGGUUUUCACACCCCUCGAGGCCCGUAUCCAGGCGAUCUUGAAGGGGUUGCGUCGCUUCAGGAACGAAAAUGGCCAGCUGCGCAUCCUCCAUUUCGAAAGGCUCCCAGAUAAGGCCGAGCUUCCGGAGUACUACGCCGCAAUCCGCAAUCCCAUUGCCCUCGACACUAUCAAGAAGAAACAUAAACGAAAGUGGUAUCAGUCCGUGGAUCAGGCACUUCAAGACCUCGAGCUCAUGUUCGAGAAUGCCAAACAAUUCAACGAGGAGGGUAGUGAGGUAUACCGGGACGCGGUCGAGCUAGCAAAGCAAGCACGUAUUCUCGCCGAAGAGGAAAAGGCCAAACCAGAUGAAGAUUUCCGGGACGAGGACGGGAGGCUGCCUCUGGCCUGCAUCGAGUACCGAGGGGAGAUAUGGCGCGUUGGCGACUGGGUCCAUAUUCGAAAUCCCAAUGAUCUGUCAAAGCCCAUUGUCGCGCAAAUAUUCCGGACUUGGUCAGAUGCCAAUGGCCAAAAAUGGGUAAAUGCCUGCUGGUAUUACCGCCCCGAGCAGACAGUCCAUCGGUUCGACAAGCAUUUCUUCGAGAAUGAGGUCGUCAAGACAGGCCAGUACCGUGACCACCGCAUCGAAGACGUCGAGGACCGCUGCUUUGUUAUGUUCAUCACCCGCUAUCCGAGGGGCCGUCCGCGUGGGUUGCCGCCAGACAAGUCAGUCUACGUCUGUAAGGCACGAUACAACGAGGAGAAGUUCAAGUUCAACGAUAUCAAGACUUGGACAAGCUGCCUGCCGGAUGAGGUGCGCGACAAGGAUUAUGAAAUGGACCUGUUCGAUGUGCCGCGGACAAUGCGGAAGGUGCCCAGUCCGAUCAAGCAUUUGCUGCAGGCCGAUGCCAAAGAGACCGACGACCUUCCCAAGCCGACCUGGAGGAGCCCGAACGCACCACCCUUGAUUGGAGCAGUACAUCGACGCCCCCGGGAGCCGAAUGAAUCACCUCCUCCGGAACCUAAUCCGCCACCCGUAGCGGUCGCACGUGUGCCGCUUGCAGUCGCACCAACCCAGACCCCAAUCAAAGCCAAUGUUGGUAUGGCAGGAACUCCAACCUACCACCAUCCCGCCGCGACCGCGCCUCCGCCAACUCCGCCGCCAGCUCAUUUCCAGAUGCAGCACUUCCAGCCGCGACCGGUUCCGCAGCCUGCUCCUCACCAGGCGCCCGUCCAUCUCCAGCAGCAACCGCAGAUGACGAUGCACGUGCCGCAACAUCCUGGGAUGACACAAAUGCAGCCAAGCCCCCAUUACCCACCCCAGGCGUAUCCACCGCAGUAUGGAGUGCAGCCCCAGAUGGCUCCACAGCAAGUGCAGUACCAGACACCAGCCCACAUCGCGCCGGCUUUCGACCAGCAUCAUCGACCGGUGCAUCCUGCACCGCAAGCAAUGACACCCUCCCGCCAACCCCCGGCUUCGCCCGCGCCCAGCAUGACCCCUCACCCACACGCUAACACCGGUCACGUCUACAACGUCCCGCGCGCACCGGAGGUAUACACGCUUGCCGAUCCGGUUGACGCCGCCAUUCCCGCCGACGUCCGUGAGCAGUUCCAGCGCGACGAACAAGGGCGCGUCCUCUUUUUUACCGCUCCGCCGCUCAAUCGCCCUGCCAAUGGCGUCGCAGAGCAGCAUGCUGGCCUUGGCCACAGCGUCCGCCACUUGGCAUCCAUUAGCGAGCUUCGUGCCGAGCGCGCGCGUAAGCGCAAGGAGCGCGACGAAGCUCUCGCUCGCGAGCAGGAGGCUAACAAGAAGCUCGCCGCGUCCCGCGAGCGCCAGGCUCAGCGUCGCCAAGAGGAUGAGCGGAAGAGCCAGGCUGACGCCCUCGAGAAGUUCCUGGUCGCCUGGGCCGCUGAGAUUGAUCGCGGUACCAAGACCAUCAACGAAGCGCUUGGCGAUAUCGAGAACUGGAACCGCAUCAAGCAUGAGGUUAAGGAGGCUCAUAAGAACAUGACCAUGGAAGAACGCCGGAUUAAGAGCCUGCAGUGGUAUGUCAACUGGGCCAAGGAGAAUGGCGGGAUGACUGAGUUCCUGGAAAAGCAGUUCGACGAUCUGAUUCAUCGAAGGGGCUGGAAGGAGGAAUGGAAGAAGGAGGCGGAGGAGCGUCGUGAGAGGCUGAGAUGA